AAAAAAAAACUACAAGUAAUGGGGUUAUCUAUUUAUUUUACAAACCGAAAGUUGGGACUGGCCUUGGUGAUUUCCUGCAGUUGAAGAUUCUCCCUGCCGGUGACAUUCAACAAUAUACAUCUAAAUGGAUCACAUACCUCGCCUGUCAGAGUCUGUGUACGUAGGACUGUAUCGUGAAGUAGGGAGUCCUACAGAGGUGAGGAUCAGGAGAGAAGUGAUGGACACUGUGGAAGUGGUGAGUAGACCUGUGUACAUUAUGAGGGGAUUUGAUAGAAUGAGAAGUGGGAGUAGACGUGAGGGAUUCAGACUGAGUACUUCAGAUGUAGAUUGGAUGUUUUGGCCUCCAGACCACAAGGUGCUAUGUGAUCUUUCACAGAUCAGCCUUUAUCGUAUCCCACAACACACUUUCAUCGUGAUGGAAUGUGAUGAUUUACCCCCAGGAUUUACUAGACUAAAUCUGACAAGUCCAUCAAAUAAUGAAAUAGUCAUAUCCUCCUGUGUAGAGAUUAAUAACAAAAUUAAUAUAUCUAGUACAUUAUUCCGAGAUAAUCACUUACGGUUACUACAAAGAACUAAAUUCACCACUUCUUCUACCUCUCAUGGUCCUUGUUCUACGUAUUGCAUGGGAAAUGUAGAAUCAGAUUGUGCAUUUUGUUUCCAAUCCCAUCACUGGCCGGCAAUAGCUUUACCAUGGAUACAAAGGUGUCGUCAACAAGGUUGGCCGUCUGAGGUAGUUUUAUCAGAUAUAUUAAGAUCAGGAUUUCAUGUUGUUCCUAUCGGCAGCACGGAUGAAAGUAUACUAGAAUGGAGAAUUUCAUUCUCCCUGGCGGAACAAAAACUAGUUUAUUCAAUGAAUCACACUCAGUUUUUAUGUUAUGGUCUGUUUAAAAUAUUUCUCAAGGAAGUUAUUAAUUUAAAUGAAGAUUCGCCAGUUCUAUGUUCAUACUUCACAAAAACGGUUGUAUUUUGGGUAAUCCAGACUAACAACUUCUUGACUUGGACACCAGAAAACUUAUUGCCUUGUUUCUGGGAAUGCUUUAAAUUAUUGAUAUAUUGGGUAUUUACUGGAGAAUGUCCAAACUUUUUUAUUCCGGAAAACAAUAUGUUUCAAUUUAAAGUAACUGGAUCCAUACAGACAGUAUUGUUUAAUAAAUUGUAUAAAUUGUAUUGCAAGGGUAUACCAAGUCUUUUACUGAGUGAAUCGUUAAGAUCGCACCUCAGUCAGGCCAUUUUAUACAGAACAUUGACAGUCUGUACUGACGAGAGAAGUAUCAUCACUAACACUGAGCAUGAAAUUAGUUUAUUUGAGGAAUUCCGUGAAUAUAACCGAAGUGUUUCAAGUGUUGAAGAAUUUGCAGCUUUCAUGAAGAACAUUGAAAUAGAGAUACGUAAAAGGUUGACCCCAUACCAGGAGGCUACAGUACAAUUAAUGACAUCAAUGGUAUUACGUGAAACUGCCAUGCUGAAAGUGUGUGAUGUAUAUCAACAUAAAAAUAGUAAUAAGGUUUAUUACAAAGAUAGUAACGUAUCCCGAAUGUUAAAACUGUCAUGUACAUUAGGUUGUGUCUCAGAUGUUCUAUAUCUUGCAAUGUAUUUUUACAGAACAUGCAGAUUUGAACAGUCACUCAGUUGUUUACAGAAAGCACAGGACAGAAUGACACUCCCAUACAUUAUAUACCACGGUCAUGUUUAUUUAGAUAUAUACAGACGUUGCAUGAUUGAAAUGUCUCUGUCUCGUAAAAUGAAGAUUGCUUUAGUGACAGAUAUUGUGUUAUACAGUGAGUACAUAUACAUUGAUGAACUUAUUCUAGAGCAGAAGACCAGUUACGAUAAUGGUCAGCUAGCAUUGCAUAUCCCACCUCUAGUGAUUUUACACAUGUUGUUUACACUGAAUCUCCACAGACUGGGUGACACAAUCAGGUCACAACAAUCUCUACAGGAUCUACAGACCCUGCUGCUAUAUGAUGACGAGACUAAUGUACCUCUUUACCUAAGAGAUAUUUCGUGGCAAAUACUGGGAAUCUGUCAACAAAUUUGUGGGAAUUUCCCCGAAGCCCAAGAAUCUUUCCAAAAUUCCUUACAACAAGAUCCUUUAAACAGGAUCCAGAAAGCAACCGUAUUUAGAAUAAGUGCACUUUUUCAAUGACUAAUAUAAUAAAAUUGAUAUUAUAAUAAAAGUAGUUACGUAUAUACUACACUUGCCUAUCUCAUUUCAAAUGCUGAUAGUGAUAUUUAACAUUUGUGAAAGAAUGAUAGUUCAAUUUUAUAUCAUUUGCCUUUUUAACAAGUUUACAAUGCAAGUAAUAUUUUGGUACUUUUUGUUUGAAUAUUAUUUUGUGAGUAAUUAAAUGACCUUUCAAUAUAUAUAAAUUGAGGAUUUCUCGCAGCAUUGUUAAGGCUUGAAUAAGGGGGCAGGGCCUAAUUUAUACGGGAAACGUUUACUGUGACGUCACACAAAAAUAUGACUUUUAUGUUAUUCUCAUUGUACCUAAAAAUGAAAUAGUUUGCAACUUUUAACUGUAUUCGCAUAAUAAACAACAAUAAAACUUAUCAAUGCAUUUGAAAAAAAACUUGCCUGUUAAAUCCCAUGUAGCUGGAUAUAGACAAAGCACUGAUCGCCAUGAACUUGUAAACAUGACGUCAUUUUGGUAAAAAUACAUAUCCUUUGUUUAGUGUGAUUAUUAAUUAAUUAUCAAGAGAAUGUAUUUUAUUAAUUAUGUCGUGUUUUUAUGUACAGGUUACGUAUAUUUU